GACAGCGUUAGCAUAGAAUUAGCUUUCAAAAACACAAUACACUCAAUCCUAAAUUAGAGAUGCCCAUAGGAAAAUGCGUUGUGUUUCUGAUAUUAUUCUGUGCAGGAUGUCCAGGACUGGCGGAGCACGGGGAAGAUAACACCUCGCCAAAAUGCGCAAACUGCAAGGAUAUUCAGUCGAAAUGCACCGUCACAAAAUCUGGCUUGUUCUGCACAAACAAAACGGACAAGCUAAAUAUUCAGUUUGCAAAGGGAAGAGAUGAUUAUACAUACGAUGUGGACGAUUGUGUACCGGAAAAGUAUACCAUUACAGGUCCCAUUAUGGACUGGUGCUGCCUAUGGUCGCCGAAGAUUGGCUGCCAGCAAGUGGCCGGAAGCCACUACCAAAACCAAUCGGAGUGGGAGAACACCUGCGAUAUAUGUCUGCACUCCUGCAUCUGCACCGAGGACCGUGACAAUGGGGUGGACAAAGCCUCACCCACCAAAUGGUGGACUGCUCUGGGCAUUCUGGUUGCUCUGUCGAGGUCACAUCCACAGUCUUGAGAACCGCUGCUUUGCAUAUCACCGAGGAAAUUCAAUAAAGUUGUGCCUGCAUGGGGGAUUUCGAGUGCCCAGUCACAGAACGAAAAACAAAGUGGCCAUUGCACUAAGCCAAAGCGCAUACAAAUCAAGUCAACAAUGGAUUCGCCACAGUCCCCAAGAGACACAGGGCACAUGACUCUGGGCCACAAGGAAGGCGAGGGAAUACGAUAUUGUUUCUGUUUGUUUUGCCCAAGUACCAACCAGAACCAGUGUUGUCCUGAUAUUUAGAAGGAAAUAUUCGAAAGGAUAAAGGGGAACCAGCUUAAGGUAUAAGAACAACAAUUGGAAUUCUGGAUAAUUCAAAUCCAACUCAUAUUUUAGAAACUAAUGUUCACAAUGAAGUUUUAAGUCAGGGUGCUAAAGAAAUAUCUUGCAGCCAACUGCCAAACGAUCCAAAACAUUUGACAGACUUUGGUUGCAAGAAAUUUUCUUGCAAGAAAGAAUUGCAUUGAUUUUUCUUAAUAUAUUUAAUAAUACCCUAAAAA